AUGUUUCCCUUCCAACCAAGCCACGAUGACUUAGGUUUUGGAAUCCCAACUACUUCUCAAACAUGCCAAAUCCAGGAUGAUAUGAAUAUGGAUUAUCAUUUCUUGGAACCUAAUUUAAUCAAUUUCUCUGUGGGAAGCAAUGAUGGAGAAGUGAGUAAAAGAACCGAUCUGGAGUUUUGCAAAAGAGGGCAAAAAGAGAGGAGCAACCAUGGAUGCACUAGCAAGAAGGUUAUGCAUCGCGAGGUGGAGAGGAAGAGGAGGCAAGAAAUGUCACACCUUUAUGCUUCUCUCCGCUCCCAUCUUCCUCAUCAUCUGCUUAAGGGAAAACUUAGUGUUUGUGAUCAAAUACAAGAAGCUACCAGUCAUAUAAAAAAGAUGGAGAAAAAUAUUGAAGAAUUGAAAGGUCGUAGAAACAAGCUGAAAAGUUUGUCGAGUUCUUCAUGUGGAAAGGAUGAAAGUUCAAAUGGCAGAGACAAUGUGACAGUAAACAUAGUCUCAGAUGGAAUGGAGAUUCUUAUCUCACAUAGUAUCGAAAGAUCUGAUGAUUUUGAGCUGUCGCAAGUUCUUGCAGAGAUACAACGGAGUGAGCUUGAUGUUAUUCACAUUGUUUCUUCUAGAAUUAACGAGAGAUUUGUCCACAAAAUCCAGGUUAAGUGCCAAGGAAUGGAAAAACAUGGUGCGUUGGUGCUGCAAGAGAGAUUGAGCAAGGCCAUACAGUAA